UUAUGUGUUUCUGGGAGAGAAAGAGAGAGAUAAAGAAAAAAUAAUAAAGGAAGGGAAGUGAGAAGGGAAGGAAAAGGAAAAAGAGUAGGAGAAAGAGAAAGAGGAGGAAAGGGGAAGGAGGAAGGGAGAGAGAGAGGUUGCUGAAAUCAUUCCACUACUUUUACCAAAGAAGGUUUAUAACUAGUUAAAUCCAGUUUAACUCUAGAAUUCUCUACUAUGGAUGAUGCAGUUGCCAUGUAUAGAAUGGAUUUUCAGUUCUCAUCUAAGGGCUGUGUGAUCUUUAUGUUCCCUUUCAUAGGGAAAGAGAUCAAAGGUGAAAAGAAAUGUCAAAUUUGAGCCUGGUGACAACGUUCAUCCUCAUGGGCAUUCCCCAUGCACCAGCCCUGGACACCACCCUCUUUGAAAUCUUUUUAGUGAUUUAUGCACUCACUGUGGUGGGCAAUCUCCUCAUUCUGCUGGUAAUCAGGGUGGAUUCCAACCUCCACACCCCCAUGUACUACUUUCUGGCCAACCUGUCCUUCAUUGACAUGUGGUUCUCUACUGUCACUGUGCCCAAAAUGUUGAUGACCUUCGUCUCCCCAAGGGGCAGGGCCAUCUCCUUUCACAGCUGUGUGGCCCAGCUCUAUUCCUCCCACUUCCUGGGCAGCACUGAGUGUUUCCUCUAUACAGUCAUGUCCUAUGAUCGCUACCUGGCCAUCAGUUACCCACUCAGGUACUCCAGCAUGAUGAAUGGGAGAACAUGUGCCCUCCUGGCUUCUAGCACUUGGCUCAGUGGCUCUCUGCACUCUGCUGUCCAGACCAUAUUGACAUUUCGUUUGCCCUACUGUGGGCCCAACCAGAUCCGACACUACUUCUGUGAUGCGCCGCCCAUCCUCAAACUUGCCUGUGCAGACACCUCUGUUAAUGAAAUAGUGAUCUUCAUCGACAUUGGGGUAAUGGCCUCGGGCUGCUUCCUCCUGAUAGCGCUGUCCUACGUGUCCAUUGUCUGCUCCAUUCUGAAGAUUCGCACCUCGGAAGGGAGACGCAGAGCCUUCCAGACUUGUACCUCCCACUGCAUUGUGGUCCUCUGUUUCUUUGGCCCUGGUCUUUUCAUUUAUCUGAGGCCAGGCUCCAAGAAUACUGUGGAUGGGGUUGUGGCAGUUUUCUACACUGUACUGACACCCCUUCUGAACCCUGUAGUGUAUACCCUGAGGAACAAGGAAGUGAGGAGAGCUCUUUUUAAGCUUAGAGAUAAAACACUUUCUCAGAGCAAAUAA